CUCUUGUAAAAGGAAAGAGCGAGAGAGAGAAGCAAUCAGAAGAGAUCUAGUCGCAAACUUUCUUUAGUUUUGCGCUCCUCUCAAUAUCUUCACACUCUCAAGAUCUAUAUAUUAUCUUUCAAUUCAAUUUCACAUUUGUGUUUAAACCUCCUAUUCUCUCUCUAAAAUGGCUCAAUACGUUAAAAAAGACGAUGAUCGUGACGAAGAAGCCGAGUACUCUCCCUUUUCGGGAAUUGAAAAGGGAGCAGUUCUUCAGGAAGCUAGGGUCUUCAAUGAUCCUCAACUAGAUUCAAGGAGGUGCUCUCAGGUUAUUACAAAGCUGCUGUAUCUUCUGAAUCAAGGUGAUAGUUUCACAAAGACCGAAGCUACAGAAGUUUUCUUUUCAGUAACAAAACUUUUCCAGGCUAGAGACAUUGGAUUACGUAGAAUGGUUUACCUGAUUAUAAAGGAGCUAUCUCCUUCUGCUGACGAGGUUAUAAUGGUCACAAGUUCCCUAAUGAAAGACAUGAAUAGCAAGACUGAUGUGUAUCGAGCAAAUGCCAUUCGUGUCCUCUGUCGCAUUACAGAUGGAACACUUCUUACUCAAAUUGAGAGAUACCUAAAACAAGCUAUUGUUGACAAAAACCCUGUCGUAGCUAGUGCAGCCCUAGUCAGCGGUAUCCAUUUGCUUCAGACAAACCCAGAGAUUGUGAAAAGAUGGAGCAAUGAGGUACAAGAAGCUGUUCAAUCAAGGGCGGCACUAGUACAAUUUCAUGCUCUUGCUUUGCUCCAACAGAUAAGACAAAAUGAUCGGUUAGCUGUAAGCAAAUUAGUUACUAGCUUGACAAAGGGUACCGUUCGUUCACCUUUGGCUCAAUGCCUGCUGAUUCGUUACACCAGUCAGGUUAUUAGGGAGUCGAGCAUGAAUAGCCAAACUGAGGACCGACCAUUUUAUGACUAUUUGGAAGGUUGCCUCCGCCACAAAGCAGAGAUGGUCAUUCUUGAAGCUGCCAGGGCAAUAACGGAAUUAAAUGAUGUUACUAACCGGGAAUUGACCCCAGCAAUCACUGUCUUACAGCUUUUCCUGAGUUCAUCUAAGCCUGUAGUCCGGUUCGCUGCCGUCCGCACGUUAAACAAGGUGGCAAUGACGCAUCCAAUGGCUGUAACUACCUGUAACAUAGAUAUGGAGAGUUUGAUUUCAGAUCAAAACAGAAGCAUUGCAACUCUUGCUAUUACCACACUGCUGAAAACAGGCAAUGAAUCAGGUGUUGAUCGUUUGAUGAAACAAAUUACCAACUUCAUGUCUGACAUUGCUGACGAGUUCAAAAUUGUUGUGGUCGAUGCCAUUAGAUCAUUGUGUUUGAAGUUUCCCCUUAAGUUCAGAACAUUGAUGGGUUUCUUGAGCAAUAUUCUGAGAGAGGAAGGUGGAUUUGAAUACAAGAAAGCAAUUGUUGAUUCGAUUGUAACCAUCAUUAGAGAUAUCCCAGAUGCAAAAGAGAGUGGGCUCCUUCACCUUUGUGAAUUCAUUGAGGACUGUGAAUUCACAUAUCUAUCAACACAGAUUCUUCAUUUUCUAGGAAUUGAGGGACCAAAAACAUCAGAUCCUAGCAAAUUCAUCCGGUACAUAUAUAACCGUGUGAUACUUGAGAAUGCAACUGUUCGAGCUAGUGCCGUGAGCACUUUGGCAAAGUUUGGUGCCAUGGUUGACCCAUUGAAGCCUCGCAUCUUUGUUUUGUUGAGGCGCUGUCUAUAUGAUAUUGAUGACGAGGUUCGUGACAGGGCUACACUGUAUCUAAACACUAUUGGAGGUGAUGGUUCUGUUAUUGAAACUGAUAUAGGAGUAAAGGAAUUUCUCUUUGGGUCGCUGGAUAUUCCACUAGCCAAUCUGGAGACUAGUUUGAAGAACUACGAACCAUCAGAUGAACCCUUUGAUGUCAGUUCUGUAUCAAGGGAGACCAGGUCUCGGCCAUUUGCGGAAAAGAAAUCUGCGGCUAAAAAGCCUACUGGUCUAGGUGCUCCUCCAGCUGGCCCCACUUCAGCGGUUGAUACAUAUGAAAAAUUGCUAUUAUCAAUUCCAGAGUUCUCUACGUUUGGAAAGCUUUUCAAGUCCUCUGCACCAGUGGAACUCACUGAAGCUGAGACAGAGUACGCUGUUAACGUUGUCAAACACAUAUUUGAUAAGCAUGUUGUGUUCCAGUACAACUGUACCAAUACAAUUCCUGAACAGUUAUUGGAAGAUGUCACCAUCGUUGUGGAUGCUUCAGAAGCAGAGGAAUUUGAAGAACUAGCAACCAAGCCACUAAAAUCCCUACCAUAUGAUUCACCAGGACAAACAUUUGUUGCAUUUGAGAAACCAGAAGGUGUUCCAGCUGUUGGCAAAUUUACCAAUGUUCUACGGUUCGUUGUUAAAGAGGUUGAUCCUUCCACUGGCGAGGCCGAGGAAGAUGGCGUGGAAGAUGAAUACCAGCUGGAGGAAUUUGAAUUGGUUGCAGCUGAUUACAUGCUUAAAAUUGGGGUUUCCAAUUUCAGGAAUGCAUGGGAAUCAUUGGGUGAAGACUUUGAGCGUGUUGAUGAGUAUGGUCUUGGCCCAAGGGAAAGUUUGAAAGAAGCUGUUAGUGCCGUUAUUGGCCUUCUUGGCAUGCAGCCUUGUGAGGGCACAGAAGUAGUGGCAGCCAACUCAAGAUCACACACAUGCUUGUUAUCAGGGGUAUACAUAGGCAACGUGAGGGUACUUGUUCGCUUAUCAUUUGGAGUGGACAGUAGCAAAGAGGUGGCAAUGAAACUUGCUGUUAGAUCAGAGGACGAAGCUGUAAGCGACGCAAUUCAUGAACUAGUUGCCAACUAGUUCAUUUUUCUGUUUUUGAAAAUUUUCAAUUUAAAAAAUUGAAUCAAAGUACGUUUACUUGCUGAGCUUGAUGCGGAGAUAUAAUGUUAUUCUUUGUACCUUAGUGAAUAAGACAGUUUUCUACAAGGCAGUUUAUUCAAUACCCCGAGACAUUUACUAGGAACACAGUAUGUGUAUUUCUUUUAACUUCACUUUCUUAUGUGUUAUAUUAUAGGCACUAUACUUUAUUUGUGGUCUUUAUAUGUAAUUAAUAUAGGACAAGAAACAUUUGGUCAAAGUAUUCAAUGGGUUCGUGUAAA